CGCGCAGAGCAGGCUGGGUGAGCAUGCUUGUGCUCGUGGCUUCCUGCUGCCUUCUGCAGGCCGCACUGGCCCACAAGUGGUACAACUCAGCGCCCAUCCUGCCUGCAGUAGUGGCUUCCUCCGAGCAUAUAGCAGACCCCCGCUGCUACAACCACUCCAGGAUGUUCCUGCAGGAACUAGACAACUACACGCUGUGGGCCGUGCAGAUGCUGGACGCCUCAGUCAAGCUACCAGAUGGUAUAGUGGAUGGCAGCGUAAACCACCUGGGUCACUUCGACCAGUGCUUGGAUGUAUCCGUGGACGACCUCCAAGGGCAAUAUUGUCUGGUGGAGAUAUCAUUCCAGCCUGUCUCCUACAUCCCGACACAGACGGUGGAUCCAUAUACUCUGCAGUUCGAUUCGCGGAUACAUGUUUGGGAAAAGUUAAAGAAGUCUAAGGAUCGCUCCAAGUUCACCCGUAGCACGCUCCGGCUGGGCCUGUGUAUGCCCUCCUCUUGCACCCCCCAGCAGCUGCAGAUGACCUUGUCACACGAGCUACAGCUGCUGGGGCAAAGGGAAGGGCUUAUCUUCAAGAGUCAGGUGUCUCCCCAGCUGUGCGCUACUCACCAGGAGCCCAUGCCCUGGUCAACUGGAGAGAUUGUCUUCAGUUUUUUAGUGGGACUACUCAUCCUCCUGGUAGUGAUCAGCUCAUGUUAUUCAUGCUUAGAUUUCAACCGCUCUUACAUUUCAGCUGCCGAGCAGGUUAUUCUGUGUUUCUCCAUUCAGCGCAGUAUGAAAGGCCUAAUGAGUGUUUCCAAACAACACCCUGGACUUAACUGCAUGGAUGUCUACAAAUUUGUGUUGAUAUUGUGUGUCAUAUUCGGUCACAGGAUACUGAUAAUAAGUGAUUCUCUACCUAUAUCGGAUGCUAACCAACACGAAAAUCUUUUUCGAAGUAUGGGCAAGUCCAUUAUUGUUAAUGGUGAACUUGUCGUUGAUUUCUUCUUCGUUGCAAGUGGAACACUCAUAGCGUAUCACCUUUUAAGUCAUUUAGAGAAACACAAAUCUGCUAACCUUUUAAUUGUGAUAGUUGGUCGCAUCUUCAGACUCACGCCAACCUACAUAGUAGUGGUGUUCUUCCACGCUACAGUGUUUCACCGCCUGGGGUCCGGACCACUGUGGGAGAGUGUAGUUGGUCGGGAGAGAGACCGCUGCCAGGCCAACUGGUGGACCAACUUGCUCUACAUCAACAACUAUUUCAACGCUGAUACUAUGUGCAUGUUGCAUUCCUGGUACUUGUCCGUCGACACUCAGCUCUUCAUUGUCAGCUUGCUCGUGGUGUAUGUCAUCAGCAAGUGGCCAUCCUGGGGGUACUCUAUCUUGGCCAUUAUGUCAUCGUUGUCACUGCUGGUACCAUUUAUUAAAACUUGGUUAAGACAAGAAGAUCCAUUAUUUUUAGUUUAUAAAGAAGCUAUGGGUGAUAUUCCGGGUGCAAAGUAUUUUCACGAGAUGUACAUAAGAACUGAAAACAGAGGAACUCCUUAUUUCAUUGGAAUCAUCAUUGGAUUGAUUCUCGUCAAGUUGAAAGAAUCUAAAUUUCGGCUGAGAAUGGUGCCUUCACUUGUCUGCUUCGCCGCUCUAAAGGUUGUGUUUAUAGGGAGUAUCAUGGCUUCCUACCCGUUCUACAGACCUGGGACUUCUGCGACAAGCAUGCAUGCUGCACUGUAUGCCUCCCUCAGCAGAUUGUUUUUCGGAGCUUCUUGUGGCGGGAUCAGUCUGCUCGCGAGGUUUGGCAACCCAGGAUUCCUUAUAAGCAUAGCAGAGUGGAAGCCAUUCCGAGUGCUCAGCAGACUGGUCUAUGGCGUGUACCUGGUCCACAUGCUGGGUCAAAUGUACCACGUGGGAUCUCUGAGGACUCAUCUACAGACUGGAGUGUAUCCUUGCCUGUGGAUGCUGAUGGGUGACGUCAUGUUCUCAUUCGCCCUGUCGUUCCUGCUCAUGGUGCUGACGGAGUCUCCAGUUAGGGCCCUGGAGAAGCUCGUGUUCCAGAGGGACUUGACCAAACACGUCAACCAUCAAAAGUCAUCAUGAAACAUCGCGUAAAAUGAUACUUCACUGUCAUAAACACUGUAUUGUUAUAUUUUACCAAGUUGGCCUACAUUUACGUUUAUGAAGCAGAAUUGGAGCAACUUAUAAUUUUUGUAUAUGUGUGCAUUUUAUGUGGUUACUUAAAAGAUAAAUUAUAAAAAUUGUUAACGC